AUGGUGAAGAAGUUCACCUGCGACGACAUAAUAUCGCAAAAUUUAAUUAAAUCAUCAAUUCAACGCACCAUUAAAAUGAAUAUAGUGAACCAGUACCCCGUGUUGAGGGAUACCAUUGAUGUUAUCUUUCCGAAGAAGACGCCCGUAUAUCUGGCCAAGUGCCAAGACCAUGUUAGCCUGCUGAUGGUCAACGGAGAGAUAAUAUUCAUCCAAAAUAGAGAGGGACCCUGGUUUCCUGCGUUGCGGCUGCUUCACAAGUACCCAACUAUGCUUCCUAAAAUGCAGAUAGACAGCGGCGCAAUUAAGUUCAUCCUCAGAGGAUCAAACAUUAUGUGCCCAGGUUUAACCUCAGAGGGCGGCCAGAUGGAAGACGUUGAACAGGACACACAAGUCACGGCUCAUGGUAGGCAUCACGCUUGCGCCGUUGGUUUAAUGGCCAUGUCAACUCAGGAAAUAAUUGAGAAAAACAAGGACGUCGGUAUACUCACUUUGCACUAUUUGAACGAUGGAUACUGGCAGUUUAACGCCGACAAGUACGGUUACAAGUCGAGUUGA